UCAAAAACUAGGAAAAGAAAAAUUUAAGAUGGCUAAAAAUAUCUCUUUUCCUUUAGUCAUCAUACUAUUUUCCAUUGUUUUCUUUUUUAUUAACUCGUCCAACGCAAUGCCUUCGUUUAACGUACAAAGAUACGGAGCUAGAGGUGAUGGACGAACUGAUUCGACCAAGCCAUUUUUGACGGCUUGGUCAUUAGCCUGCCGCUCAAGGGCUCGAGCCAUGGUCUACAUUCCCCGCGGAACAUACUUGGUUACAAACCUAGUCUUUUGGGGUCCUUGCAAAAAUCAUAUAACUUUCAAAAUCGAUGGAACACUCGUGGCUCCGGCUAAUUACUGGAGUAUAGGUAAUUCUGGUUACUGGAUCCUAUUCGCUAAGGUAAACCGGAUCUCGGUUUCCGGUGGAACCAUUGAUGCUAGAGGAGCUGGUUAUUGGUCUUGUAGGAAGAAAGGUAGUCACUGUCCUCAAGGUGCAAGGUCUAUAUCGUUUAGCUGGUGCAACAAUGUACUACUAAGUGGCCUAACGUCAUUGAAUAGCCAGAAUAUGCAUGUCACGGUUCAUCAUUCUUCUAAUGUAAGGAUUCAAAACAUAAGGAUUAGGGCCCCAAGUGGAAGCCCUAACACCGAUGGUAUCCACGUCCAGUCUUCUUCUGGAGUCACCAUUAGUGGUGGAACAAUUGCGACCGGUGAUGAUUGCAUUGCUCUUAGCCAAGGAUCUAGGAACAUAUGGAUCGAACGCGUGAACUGUGGACCUGGACAUGGAAUCAGCAUUGGGAGUCUUGGGGAUUACGUUAAUGAGGAAGGUGUGCAGAAUGUAACCGUCACGAGCUCUGUUUUCACCAAGACACAAAAUGGAGUAAGGAUAAAAACGUGGGCUAGACCGAGCAGAGGGUUUGUGAGGAAUGUGGUAUUUCGAAAUUUGAUUAUGAGGAAUGUCGAUAAUCCAGUGAUAAUAGAUCAAAACUAUUGUCCUAAUGGAAGAGGCUGCCCUCGUCAGAGCUCUGGUGUGAAGAUAAGUGGUGUGACGUUUGCAAACAUAAAAGGAACAUCAACAACACCAAUAGCUAUGAAGCUGGAUUGUAGUAGAAGCAAUCAUUGCACAGGAAUAAGGCUACAAGACAUUAGACUUACUUACAUGAGAAGAUCAUCAGCUUCUUAUUGCAGGAAUGUCCAUGGACGAAGAUCUGGAGUAGUGAUUCCAAGGAACUGUCUCUGAGUCAGGAUUCCAAGAUUUGACAAUUGGGAUUCUAUAUAUAAACCCUAAGAUUAAUUGCUGGGUGUAGAUAUCUUAU